CACCAACAAGAAAUCAACCCUUCAGCCCCCAAAAAUCUUGUCACUUGUCACCUAACGUCCACAACACUAACCCUAAACUGUUCUCUCCUCAAACACUUCAAUAUUUGCUCUGUUUUUCAUUACUCUGUUCUAACUUCUUCCAUGCGAUCCUUGUGUUUUAGUACGGAUCACUGAGUUCUUGCUUCGUCCGUAGCUAACAGUUGUGAGAACACCGUCUCUUCUUGCGAAUUUGUUGUUGAUUUUUGGAUUUUCUUUCGGGCUGUGAGGAGAAGGGACUGUUGUUUUUUUGUCCCCUGUUUUCUUGAAGAAAAAUGGCCGGGAAUCAAGAGACCGACCUCGCGUUCGCCGCUGAGAGCGCUUCUCAUAUCGGGAUUUCGUUGUCGCAGCUCAUUCUGACCUCUAAUUCCAACACCUUGGAUUCCAUUUUCUCCUACUGUCAGCCGUCGGAGUGUGUGGCGAAACAGGGGUUCGAGCCCCUGGGCUCGUCGGUGUAUCUCAGGCAAAGGGAUUUGCUACAGAAAUUCUCAGUGGAGAACCGGGGAAAUCCUUUGAUUCCAAGAGCUGAACCGGGUUAUCAUCCGACGUAUUUUAGCUCGAGCAAGAGGAAGUUGUAUAGAGGGGUUAGGCAGAGGCACUGGGGGAAAUGGGUGGCGGAAAUCAGACUUCCACAGAACAGAAUGAGAGUGUGGCUUGGCACCUAGGCCUACGAUAAAGCGGCGUACAAGCUGCGGGGUGAGUACGCCCGGUUAAACUUCCCCAACUUGCGUGACCCGACCCGGUUGGGACUCGGGGACGGGGCCCGGGUGAACGCCUUGAAGAAUGCCGUCGAUGCUAAGAUUCAGGCGAUUUGCCAGAAGGUGAAGAGGGAGAAGAAAGCACGCAGGGAUGCCAAGAAAUUGGAGGGUAAUUCAAAUACAAAUGCUUCGAUAGUCAGCGAAAGUGAAAAAGUGGCGGAAAAAGCAGAUUCAUCUCCGUCAAUUGAGAACACUGAGAGCUGGAGUGGGAGUGUUUCGGAAGACGGGUUCUGGAGAGGCGAUGAGUCCCCGGGUUCCGAGUGGUGCUCGACGGUGGCGCCGCCGGGAGACAUGGAGAUGGUGGGGUGCUCGCUUGCCCGCUUGCCGUCGUACGACCCGGAGUUGAUAUGGGAAGUUCUUGCCAAUUAGUUUUUUUUUAAAUAAUUUCUUGCCAAUAGUUUGUUUGAGGGGUUAUGGAAUUAAUGUUGAUCAGUUGAAAUUUAGCCGAACCAUGUUUUUGGAAAAAAUCUUAUCCAAAUCCAAUUAAAUCAAGUUUACCACAGCUUGUCGUGUAAUUAAUCACUUAUCUUAGGACUUGAAUUGUAUACUAAUCACAAUACAAAUAUAUUAUA